UCGACAUAAUUCGUAAUAUUUUCGCGAGCGGCGUCCAUCUGCAAGCUCCAUUUAUUAUUUGCGAUCGCGCCAGCGUCUUCGAAUUGCUAGGGUAUCCUUUAUUUGAGUGCUUUUGUGGGUAUCUUUUAUUAUUAUGCUGCAUCAACUGCUUUGUUUCUUCUAUUGUUGAUUUAUCCUUGUCGUUGAGAUUGUUUGAUAUGUACCUUAACCGUGAAAAUACCGUCCUGAGAGGAAGAUAUUGAUAAUUUGCUUGAUCUUUUGCAUUCAAACAUAGGUUGCUUCAAAAUGUCUGCGGACUACAGUGACAGAUAUGUAUUUGAAGCUGAAUGGUACGACAAAAUUGCCAGCCUGUUGAAGAAAUUUUACUUGUAUUAUUUUCCAUCGGACAAUACUAUUGAAUUGUUUGACUUAAAGACCAGGAAAACCUUCCUAAAGAGAACAAGAUGCGAAGGCAUUAAGGCUGAUGAUAUUUAUGUGGGUGCUGUAGUGACAAUAUUUUCAAGAAACAUGAAAAUUACCAGCUAUGCAGAUACUUAUACCAAAAACAAAUUGCAGACACAUAUGGAAAAGGUUUUUGUAUUUCUAAAGCCAGAUGUUUUGGACAAGAUGGGUGAAAUAUUAAAGAUGAUUCUAAACUAUGAUUUUCAAAUUACAAAUAUGAAAAUGAUGAAAUUGACUCCGGAUGAAGUAACAGAACAUUAUCCAAUGAAAGAUACAGAUAACAAAACAUGUAUUAUAAAUUACCUUACCUCUGGUCCCGUUGUUGCUUUGGAACUGUUGGGAAAACAUGGUGUAGCAAGAUGGAAAGAACUGGCAGGUCCAAAAGAUAGUAACGAAGCUUGUUCAACAGCAAGAUCUUCAUUAAGAGCUUGUUAUGGAAAGGACGAAAUACAUAAUGCUGUGUAUGGAUCUGAGAAUGUUGAAAGAGCAACACAAGAGUUGCAAUAUUUCUUUCCCGAUGCAAAAAGUAAGACCAAAGGACCAAAGAACACUGCGACUCUACAAGAUUGCACCUGUUGUAUUAUCAAGCCGCAUGCCGUACAAGCGAAGCUUGCUGGCGCUAUUAUCGACGACAUUCAAAAAGCAGGUUAUACGAUUAACGCGGUGCAACAGUUUCACGUGAAUCACGUUAACGCCGAGGAAUUUUUAGAGAUCUAUAAAGGCGUCCUUCCCGAGUACAACGCAAUGGUGACUGAAUUACAUUCUGGCCCAUGUGUCGUCAUGGAAGUGAGUCGUAAAGACGAAGGUCAGAACGUAAUUGCCGAUUUCAGGAAUUUAUGCGGCCCAAGAGAUCCGGAGAUUGCGCGACAAAUCAGACCGGGCACGCUUCGAGCGAAAUACGGGAAAACGAAGGCGCAGAACGCCGUGCACUGUUCCGACUUACCGGAGGACGGCGUGCUGGAGGUGGAAUAUUUCUUCAAGAUACUCGACGGGCUCUGAGCGACCGAAUUGCGGCGUGUAUCGCGCUAUUGUGUUGAGAAUAUUUUUAUACUUUUGUACGACCAAAUAAACAGCCUUGAAGAAA